AUGCAGCGCUACUCACUGUUCGUAGCUUUCGGCGACGGCCAGGACGUGUCUGACGACCGCUACGAUGCAGCUGAGCUCUCCACGUACGGCCAGUUCCACGGCCCUUCCUCCAACGCCUAUUCAGACGGCACGCCUCACGAGAAUUCGGACUCCUCUUCCCGCAGCUUCCGCCAAUCUCCGUAUGAUGAGCACGGCUACCCUAUCGAAGGUGUCGAUGCAGGCGAUGGGGAUCUGCACCGCCGUGCGCCGCGGAACCAGGCGGGUGAGUCCUCCAUCCCUCAAUCUGACCCACGCGUGCUUCUAGGCCGCGACGAUCAGCGGCCAAAUGUACUUGGGCACCGAUCUAAUCUGUCCGAUCGGAUUGAUGCCAAAGAGCGCCAAGCACGCCGUGAGACCUUCCGUGAGCGUAGGCAACAACAGACCGAGGAUGAGUACCUGGACGAACUGGUGGAGGAGCUAGCCGAGCUUCAGGAGCUAGGCGCGUUGGAUCCGCUGCAGGAAGCUCGGGAACUUGAGCUUCUGAAAGAGGUUCUAUUUGACGGAUGCAUUCAUCGUGCGUAUGUAGAGGCGCGGAGUGAGCAAGAUGAGCGUAAAGCGUGGCGUGAGCAGCGACGUAUGAAGCAACUCAAGCAGCAGCAGCGUGAGUAUGAUGAGACCGCUUCGAAUGUGCGUAAAUAUGGACGUGGCACCUUCCCGUCCUAUGAGUUCUGCUAG